AUGCCCUUGCCAGAUGAGCCCCUGUCCUCGCCUCCAAACUCUUCCACGUCCGCACAAGAUGCUAUUGCAUAUUAUAAAUCUCAGUACGAACAGCUGGAGGCUGAACUGGCAGAUUUCCAGUCUUCCAGUCGAGAGCUUGAGGUUGAGCUAGAAAAGGACAUUGAAGCCUCCGAGAAAAGGGAACGGAAGUUGAAAGAGAAACUAGAAAGUGCUGGAUAUGAAGCAGAAGAGUGGAAGGCAACAAAGACUGAAGCGAACUCGGCGCAGAGUGCCCUUCAGAGAGAGAUUACAACGUUACGAGAUGGGAAUCGAACCCUGCAGCUAAAACUCAGGGAUAUUGAGGUUGCAAACGACGAUUUUGAACGCCAAGCGCGCAACACAACCUCGUCUUUGGAAGAUCUGGAAUCGAAGUACAACAUCUCCAUAGAACGAGGAGUGCUGCUCGAAGAAGAAAUAAAAAACGGAGAGCAGGAACGAGAGUCCUUGCGCAUAGAAAAUCAACGUCUCCGGGAUGAGUUGUCCGAUCUCAAAAUCGAAGUGCAUAUCAUUCAGGAGAAACUUCGAAAAUCUGAACUACUCCUAAAGCAACGGAAUAACCUUGCAUCCCUCACUCCAGGCCUUCCGCUUCCCCAUACUCCUGAUGUUUCCGAACAUUCCCCUGCUACCACAACCUCUUCACCAACCAUUGCCACUCCGCCAACGAAAUCUGUUUCAUCCAUCGCAUCCAACACUCAAACACCGCCUUCACCUCCCUUCUCGGAGUCCUCAUGCACUCUUCCCAAAGCUACACCCACGCCUAGUGUCCAACAACCACGAGUCUCUAUUUCGGAAUCGAGACCUCCAUUCCAAUCAACCAGGACCAGACAUUCCCGGGGCCCUUCCAUACCCACUAGCAAUGGCACCUCGACACCGUCUCUCACGCCUCGUGGCUCCAUAGCACGCCCCAGCCUUACUCAAAUCCCAGUGCUGCCACGGUCUGGGUCUUUGUAUCAAAUCCGAGGACUCAUUGGCAAGAUGCAAAAACUCGAGGAACGAGUACAAUCUGCAAGAUCAAGACUCCCUGCACCACUUGAGACCCCUCCUAGAGUGUCUCCCGGACCCAACUCAGCAUUGGGCCAGAACUACAUCCCGUCUUCAGUAACUGUCCGAAGAGCCUCCAGGAAACGAACAAGUGGAGGUGUAAGCGUUGCCAGCUCUCGUGACGGAGAAUCGACACCCUCCAUUGGUCCUCAGGGUAGGAGUUCACUCGGGUUUCAGGGAAGUCCAUGCCGUUCUGUCCAGGGUGAUAGUAGCAGGCCCAGCAGCAGAGCGAGUAUAUCCAGUCGCACUUCAACUAGCCAAUUACCCGCUCCCACGAUAAGCUCAAUCCCUCAAUCGCGCUCUGAAAGCCGCCAAAGCCUCACUAGCUCAAGAACACCGCUUGGACACUACUCAAGCAAUCUAACGACGGGAAGUCGACGACCCAGAUCAUCCCUGAGCAAUUACAGCCAUUCGAUGAGUAUGUCUCAUAUCGAUGAGAAUGAGGAUAUUACAACCCCCACCCCACGGCGCAGCACAUUUGACAAAGCCGAUUAUGCGGCUUCUGGAAUUCCUACCCCGUCAAGCUUCAAGAAACGGGAGUCGGGAGUAAUUACCAACCCUCCUCCUCCUCCUUCCAUGUUACCAGCUCCCCGUCGCAUUAGCGCCGGGCUCGAUCGACGAGAUGGGGAUAUGGGGCCUCCCGAGAGGAAAAAAAAACUAAGCGAAGUAGGCGAGACUUACUAG